CGCUCAGCUCGCGGGGAAGCUGUAUGGCCGCGCCUCUGUGUAACCAGGGGGCUCUGAAUUAAGGAAAGCGACGGCAUGUGUUUUCUUUCGUAUUUAGAAGCGACGUGUGUGUGUGAUCUUGACAACUUUAAAGCCAUUUGAAAGUGUUUCAGUGGCUAGGAAAAUGAAUAACAGAGCAGGUUCCUUUUUAUGGAACCUCAGACAAUUCAGUACUUUAGUUCCAACAGGCAGAACUGUGAGGCUGUAUCCUUCGGGAUUUUGCAGACCAAAAAUUGUUUAUUCAAACUGGAACCCAAGAAAGCUCUUAAGUAACUUUGAUAAUAGAAUGCAGUCAUCUAUUAGAUAUCUCUUUCAGGAUGCCUUAAUUUUUAAAUCAGGAGGUGAUGGCUUUCAAACAAAGGGCAUAAGCACUGCAACAGUCCUUACAGUUGACAGACUACUUUGUCCUAGAAGGCUGUCCUUUAACUCAAAACACUUUGUCUCUGAUAAUGGAUUGAAGAAAAACUUUCAUCAUGAGCCUUCCAAUGAAGAUGUUCUCACCAAGAGAACAAAACCAACCCCGAUCAACUGUAGAAAACUGUCUCAGGAGUGUAAUUCCCUGAGUGAAGUGUUAGAUAUAUUUUCAAAAGCACCUACAUUUCCUAGUAGUAACUAUUUCUCAGCAAUGUGGACAAUUGCCAAACGGAUGUCUGAUGACCAGAAGCGCUUUGAAAAACAAUUGAUGUUUAACCACCCUAUGUUUAGCCAGCUGUGUGAACAAAUUAUGAGAGAAGCCAAGAUCAUGCACUACGACAACCUGCUGUUCAGUCUUCAUGCUAUGGUGAAGCUCGGGAUCCCUCAGAAUACGCUACUCGUACAGACUUUGCUGAGGGUGGUCCAGGAACGUAUCAAUGAGUGUGAUGAGAAAUGUCUUUCAGUUUUGUCAAGUAUCUUAGAGGCAAUGGAGCCAUGCAAGAAUGUGGAUGUUCUUCGAGCAGGAUUGCGGAUGCUAGUUGAUCAGCAAGUUUGGAAAAUAGAACGUGUCUUCACAUUACAAACUGUAAUGAAAUGUAUUGGAAAAGAUGCACCGAUUGGUCUUAAAAGGAAAUUGGAGAUGAAAGCCUUGAAAGAGUUAGACCAAUUUUCUGUUUUGAAUAGCCAGCGCAUGUUUGCAGUACUGGCCGCCAUGAAUCACCGCUCCAUUAUCCUUUUGAAUGAGUGCAGUAAGAUAGUCACAAGUAAUAUCCAUGGGUGUCCCUUUAGAUUAUUGAUCAGCAUAUUGCAGUCUUGCAGAGACCUCCAAUACUUCAAUAUAGAUCUUUUUAAGGGAAUAGCAGAUUAUGUGGCUACAACUUUUGACAUCUGGAAGUUGAAAAAAGUUCUUUUUCUCCUCAUCUUGUUUGAAAACGUUGGCUUUCGACCUGUUAGUUUGAUGGACUUGUUUAUGAAGAAAGCAGCAGAUGAACCUGGCUUCCUAAACGUGAAAAGCCUUGUCUCUAUUCUUCAUGUGUAUUCUUCUCUCAGUCACUUCCACAAAUGCUGGACUCACGAGUUCCUAGAAGUUAUGGCUAGUGCUCUGACUGGUAGUCUUCACCACAUCUCUUCUGAAAACCUGUUGAAUGCUGUGUGUUCGUUUUGCUUGAUGAACCAUUUUCCCCUGGCCCCUAUUAAUCAGCUUCUUCAAAAGGACAUCAUCCAUGAUCUGCUGACGUCAGGUGAUGUGGAGAGGAACGUUCACAAGCUUCACGUUUUGGCUGCCUGUCUAAAACUUGAUGAUGUUCCUGGUCACAAGGACACACACUUAGUGCUGCCACAGCUGCCCUCCAUGCCAUUACAGCCACAUGCAAAGGUUGCCGAGGUGCUGAGUAGCCUUCUGGGAGAAGGGUGCUUCUCAAAAAGUGUAUGGUUGCCACAUAAUUAUUAUAUCGAUUUUGAAAUCAGAAUGGAUGCUAACAGGAGCCAAGUGCUUCCAUUUUCCGACGUGGAUGUGGUAACUUCUGCUACAAAUAUUCAAAGAGUAGCUGUACUCUGUGUUCCUAGAUCUACGUACUGUUUGGAUUCAACCCACCCCAGAGGAUUCCUUGCUAUGAAAAUGCGGCAUUUGAAAGUAAUGGGUUUUCACGUGAUCUUGGUCAAUAAUUGGGAGAUGAAAAAACUAGAGAUGAAGGAUGCAGUCACAUUUUUGAAGAGUAAAAUCUAUUCACAGGAAGCACUUUCUACUGCUGAUAUAAAUUUGCAAAGCACAUGUUAAAGUAAAAAGCAACCUUUUAAUGUUAUUAGACAUAAAUUUAUAAAAAUAACUUUAAUAAAGACUACAAUUCAGUUGUCGAUGGAACUUACCUGACUGCUCACCAUAAUAAAAAGUGUUAUUUCAGUUCACUGCUAAAAUUAAAGUUGAGAAUGAAAGAAAUAUUCUUACUGGCACUUUAGAAAAUGCUGAGAAAAUUCCAGAAGGAUCAUUUUUGCAGUCAUACCUGUUCCUUCCAGUGCCCAGAUACUUCAUAAAUUCAUGAGCUAUAGGUUUUACUGUUUCUCAUUAGCUUUGAUGCAUUCAAAACUGGUUUCUUAGUUGUGAUGGGUUGCAGGUAAGUUGCUGUGGGCAGUCCUCAGAUGUGGGUCUGGAAUCUAAGCUGUUUUAGGACUCAGGUAUGGACCACAUUCAAGCACUGGCCACAAAGCAAUUGGGCUAGGGUCUCAAAUUGUAGAAUGUAUAAGAAUUAACGAGGUGGCCUGUUAAAAAUGGGUGAGGAUCAGGUAUCUGCAGUUGUAACAAGCAUUCUAGGUAGAAGUGGUUUGUGGACCUUACUAAGAGAAACGCAGAUGAGAUAGUGCAGAGAUGGCAAGGAGUCCUAAUUUCUUAAGAUUGAUAGGUUGUGGGUUGCUAACACCACAGUCCUUGCCAUUGGUGAGGUCAUUCCUUUCUCCCUCUUCCCCUUUCCCCUCCCACCAUUUCACAAAGUCUUUUCAAGUAAAUAUAUAGCUGAACUGUUUUGUGAGCCAGACCUGAGGGCUAUUUUUCAGUUACGUUUGUUCAUCCUUUUGUGGAAGUACUUGUUCAAGUUUGUCACACGCCUGUCUACCUAGUAUUUGACUCACUGGGGAUACAGCAGGUUCCGCUUGUGAAACCUGAGUGCCGCAUAAGUUGGUGUUGUUUUAGCCCCGUGUGAAAGACCGAGCGCUUGUGCCGCCCCUCCACCCCAUCCCUGCAAGUCCUGUGUUGGAACCUAACCCCUAGUGUGAUGGUAUUUGGAGGCAGAGCUUUGGGAGAUGAUUAGGUCAUGAGGGUGGAGGCCUCAUACAUUGGAUUAGUGCUCUUGUACAAGAGGCCUCAGAGAGCUCCCCUGUCACUUCUCCAUGUGAGGACAGUGAGAAGAUGACCAUCUCCGAACCAGGAAGGGGGGCCCUCACCAGACACAGAAUCUGCCAGAGCCUUGACCUUGGACUUCCGAGCCUCUCCCACAGUUAAUUUGUGAGAAGUAAAUUUCUGUUGUUUAUAAGCUACCCAGUCUAUGGUAUUCUGUUAAUAUCAUCCUGGAUGGACUAAGGUACCCCAGAUAUGCAGACGUGCAAUUACCGGACGUCUUACUCUGUGCCAGGCACUGCUAAGUAUUGGGAUGUAUUCUCUCUUUUCAUUAUCUUAACUCUUUGAGGUGUAGCUGCUAUUAAUCUCUUGGGACCCUUAUUUCCUUUUAUCUAAUAAGAGGAUAAACUAUCAAAGCUACAUAAAUAGGAUAGGGCUAGAGUUUGAACCUGAGCUGACAUGGACUUACAAACAAAGUAGUCGAGAAACCCCAGGUUGGCAAUAAAAGGUCUCUAGCAAUAUGACUGCAUCUGUCACAGGUCUUAUCAACUUAUGUUGCCUACGUUAAGAGAAGGUUAGAGCUGGAAGGAAAUGUAUCAGUCAUUUAAUCCACCUCCCUCAUUUUAUGGAUGAGGAAGUAAAAGUUCAAAGAAUUGGAAUUUUCUGGAGCCUCAGCCACAUCAUUGAUUUCCACGUUAUCUCCACGUUUCAUCUCCUACUGCUCUUCACCUUGUACCUCAGGAAAUCUGGACUUUUGUUCCAGGUUAGACGUCAUCUAGUUUUGCAUACUUGACCAAAUGAUUUAACCUUAUAACGCUUCAGAACAAGAGUUGAAAAUAUUCUAUUAAGGAAACUAAAAUUUUCAUUCUUUACAUGGUAAGUGCAUAUCUCUUUCUUCUGGUGGCUAAUUAUGACUCAUUUUCAAAGGAUUGGACAAAUAUAUGAAUACUUGUAACUACCUUUUGGAGGAACUAGUUUUCUUGCAUUUGUACCAAUUGGCAUGACAGAUAAAGAAGCAUUCCUCUUUUACCAGUAUUACUAGUAUUAGCAUUCUUCAUUGCUGUGUUGUCUAAAAAUAUCUUGUGAGACUCAGGUAUAGAGUGAAGGAAAACAGUUUAAAAAUAUGUCUUCUCGGGCUUCCCUGGUGGCGCAGUGGUUGAGAAUCCGCCUGCCAAUG